AUGUCUCGAGUGUUGGAGGAUUCCCACUUCAUUGCUUCGAAUUCAAAGAAUGUUCAAGUGAACACAGAAGGAUGUCAUCAGGUUGCAUCUUGGAUUCAACAACAGUUGGACACUUUAGGGCCAAAAUUUGCAAAUUGGCAAGAUCAUGAAUUACAUCCUAAAUCACAAGACUCACAUACGUUGGACUGGAUCUUCUUAAUUGACAUUUUAAACUUUUCGUUUUGGUCUGAUGCAGACACCAGAGAUUCAGGCAAUCAUCCUGCUCGAUUCGGUGUGCGCUAUAAAGGAAACCUGUACACAGGAUAUUGGAGUCUUUGUGCUGCCAUAAAUAAGGCACUAGACAAUAAUAUUCCAAUAACUACCCCUUCAUUUUACGCAAAUGAGACUCUUUGCCCCGACGACUUGAUUGCUUCCAUUUUUGCUAGCGAUACAAAGGAGCCCGUUCCUCUUCUAGAUGAGCGUAUAAGAAUUAUGCGGGCGAGUGGUAAAGCAUUGCUAAAGCACCACCGAGGAAGAUUUGUUCAUUUGUUGGAAACAUGCAAUCAUAGCGCUCAAAAAUUUCUCGAAUUACUUUUACAAGAUUUUCCCGACUUUCGUGAUAUUUCACUUUACAAAGGCCGGGAUUGUUACAUAUUGAAACGUGCACAAAUACUGGUAGCUGAAACAUGGGCAUGUUUUCAUGGGCAAAGCUAUGGUAGGUUUGAUGAUAUAGAUAGCAUUACUAUGUUUGCUGAUUAUCGAGUUCCACAAAUACUUUGGCAGCUUGGAUGUUUGGACUAUUCAAGUGAGUUUGAAAGCCGAUUGCGGAAAAGCGAACUGAUUGCUCAUAAUGACCCGAUGGAAAUUGAAAUGCGUGGAUGCAGUAUAUGGGCAGUAGAGUUGGUCCGUCAAGCAGCAAACAGGAAAAACUUGAAUGCAAUUAUGAUUGACUUUUUCUUAUGGGACAUGGCGAAAGAAUGGCAAGCUACAGGAUAUUCCCCUCAUCAAGAAAGAGCGUUAAGCUCAGUCCCUUCCAUCCGAGUUCGAAGUAUAUAUUACUAA